AUGGAAGAAGCAGAGGAAAAUAAGGAGGUCCUGACUGAGGAAGAAAACAGUUUGAAUUUGAAUGAUGGUAAUUCUGAUGGAAGGUUUACAGAAAACAAUCCACAAGAAAAAUGUGACUUGCUGGAAACGACAAGUGAGGCAAUGACUAAAGAUAAUGAAGAAAAAGUAGACCCUUGUCAAGCUAAUGAUGUUCCUGAAGCAGGCAUUGAGACAAAUAAAGCUUCACCAUCAGAAAAUGUGGACAUACCACUUACUGACAUAAAAACUGAUGAACUGCAACAGGUAGAUAAUCCUGAUUUUGUUGAAGAGUUGUCCUCAUCAUUAUCUAUACAGAAAGAUGCUUCUGAAUUACUUGCAUCAAUUCAAGAAGGUGCAGCUUCACUAACAUUACCUGACAUGUUACCAGCAACAGAAUCUUUAGAUGAUGGAGCAUCAGUAUCUCCUGAAACCUGUGGUGCUGACAAAGCAAGAGAGUGUGACAGUGCUGACAAACCCCCUGACAGUGCAGAUGACACAAGAAAAACUGAAGCAACAAUAGAAACAGAUGAAAUUACAAAAGAUGAAGAUGUUGAUGUAGAUAAGCCAACCGAAGACAAGACAUGUGAUCCAGAAGAUGGUGAAAGUGUUAAAAAAUCUGACUCUGUGACUAGGGUGGAAAUGGAAACAGAAGAGAAAAAAGACGAAUCUGAAGAAAAAGAGAAACCUAAAGAAAUUAAAGGCCAUGCUAAAGAUGAAGAUUCAGAUCCCGAUGUAUCCAUAAUUGAAAAGGAAGAAGUAAAAGAAGUAGUUAAUUUGAUAGAUGAUGAUGAUGAUGAUGAUGAUGAAAUCAGUCUAAAGAAAGUUGUUAGUAAACCAGAGCCUAUAGUUAAACAAUCAUCUAAUGAUAUGGGUUUACAGAUAGCAUCUGUUACCAGUGGUGCUACAAUGCCUGUUGAUGAUAAACCUGCACCUCCUGCUCCUGCACCAGCAAAACCAAAAUCAAAACUUAAACAACCACAGACUUGUAUUGUUUGUGGCAAGGUUGGAAGAUGUAAAUACAACAUCAAGAGAAAUGAAGAAAUCAAACAUCUUUGUGAUGAACCCUGUUUUGUUAAGUUUAAAGCAAAUCCUACCAUGUAUCUCAAAUCAUCUAAACAACAACAAGCAGAAGCUAACCAGACUGCAGCUAAAGCGCCCCCAGCCAAAUCAGCAGAGAAAUUAGCUACAAAUGGUCAACAGAAAUCAAAACAAUCUGUCAAAACAUGUCAUGUCUGCCAACUGAUGAACAUCAGUAAAAAUAAGCCAUUUUGUUGUUGGCAUGGUUUAGAUUUCUGCGAUGAAGGAUGUCUACAGAAAUUUCAAAACAGUCUCAAUACAUCAUGUAGUCUAUGUACUGAAGUUAUUCCUAUUCAGAACAGAGGGUUAUAUGUCUUUAAGAUUUCUAAUACAGAUAUCCGCACUCUCUGUACACAAAAAUGUCUGACAGAAUUUAGAAAUAUGAUUCGACUGUGUACUUAUUGUAACAAAGAUCUGUCUAAUUGUCCUGAUUCUUUCUCAGCUCCUGUUGGAACCCAAAAAACAUUUCAGGAGUUCUGUUCUCAAGGUUGUAUGACAAAAUAUGAGAAAGAUAUGACUGCACCUGAUGUGGAGAUAACAACUAUUACGCCUGGUACACAAAGUAAACUAUCACCAUGUGCAGUCUGUAGUAAAAAUGCUGUUCCACUUCAUACAGUUAAGCUGAACAAUGUAGUCAACAAAUUAUGUAGUGCACCGUGUCUCCAAGCUUUUCAGUAUGCUAAUAAACUGACAUUGAACAAAUGUGAAAAUUGUGGAAAAGUUUGUGCCAGUGAACAAACCAAAUCAUUUUUCAUCCAAUAUGAAGGUAAUCAAAAGAAGUUCUGUAGUGAUAGAUGUGUAGAAAUAUUUCGUAACGCCAACCAGAAAGUGGUACCAUGUGGUUGGUGUGGAUCGAAGAAGAGAAAUUUUGACAUGAUUGAAAGAGUUGAUUCAAACAACAAAUAUCAACUAUUUUGUACCCUCAACUGUUUAUCUUUAUAUAGGGUCAAUCUUCAAGCCAAGUCAAAUCUGUGCGUCUGCUGUGACCAUUGUAGAAAAUACACACCUGCUCAGUAUCAUUUAACUAUGAGUGAUGCAUCAGUGCGAAACUUCUGUUCCUACAAUUGUGUUAUGGCAUUCCAAAAACAGUUCACUUCUGGUUCAACUUCAGCUAUUACACCAAAUACAUCAGUUAAAAAUAAAUCAAAUAAUAGAGCAACUGGAACCAGUGGUAAACAAACAACAACAGCAGCAUCUUCAACAAAUGUUCCAAUAAUAUCUAAUGUAGUGUCACUAGCUCCGGCUGCUGGUCAAAAACAACAAGUUAAUAUCAGAAAUACCAGUCAAGUUCCUGUUGUCAUUGGUGGACAGAAGGGUACAACUAUACAGACAACCACUACUGGUACUCAACCAAUUCAGCAACAAAUCAUUGUUCAACCACCAGCACCUAAAGUCAUGAAAAAUAAAUCAUUAUUAUGUAAACCAUUUGUUCAAACUAAAGCUACAUCAUGUCGACCUAGUACACAAAAUAAAAAGAUCGGAACUGAUGAAGAGCCCCCACCUAAACCAGUUAUAAUACCAGUUCCAGUACCAAUAUAUGUACCUACUCCUUUGGCCAUGUAUUCUACAACUACACCUCAAUUCUACCCAGUACCAAUACCCAUUCCAGUACCUAUCUUUAUACCAACUACUAAAAAAUCGGCCAGCAAAAUACUUAAACAGAUAAAGGAAAUUCAGAAUAGAAUACCGGCUGAUCCUCUAGAAGCUGAGCUAUUAAUGAUGGCAGAGGCUGUAGCUGGUGAUAAAGGUAGUAGUGAUAGUGAUAGUGACAGUGAUAAAGGGGCUGAUGAUUUACCUGCUUUUGAUGAAAUAGAAACUGCCAGUCCUAUAGUGAAUAAAGGUAAAGAAGGUGAAGAAGAUAUGUUACAGAUGGCAUUACGUGUUGCUGAUGAAAUAACUGAGCCUAUUAUGGAUCUAGAAGAUAAUGUACAACCAGUAGCAGUUAAAACAGAACCACCACCAAAACCAACUCGUCAGUAUAUACCAGAUGAUGAUGAUCCUAUAUACAGCCCACCAGCUAAUACCAGACAAAAACGUG